CCUAGGCUCCCUCCCGGCCCCCCCUAGCUCCUCGCCUCAGACUCCCUCCCCCCUCACUCCCGCCCUCUGCCUUCGCCUACCAAAGUGGAUUAAUUAUACGCUUUCUGUUUCUCUCCGUGCUGUUCUCUCCCGCUGUGAGCCUGCCCGCCUCUUGCUGUCCUCUCUCCCUCUUGCCCUCUCUUUGCACCCCCCUUUUCACGUUCACUCUGUCUCUCUCACUAUCUCUGCCCCCCUCUAUCCUUGGUACAACAGCUGACCUCAUUUCCCGAUACCCUUUCCCCCCCUAAAAGUACAACAUCUGGCCCGCCCCAGCCCCGAAGACAGCCCGUCCUCCCUAAAGAAGCAGAAGAGUCCCCCCCCCAAAAAUAAGCCAUCCCCCCGUUCUGCCCCGUCGCACAUUCGGCCCCUGCGACCCGGCCAGAGCGGCGCUGGCAGAGGAGUGUCCGGCAGGAGGGCCAACGCCCGCUGUUCGGUUUGCGAUAACGCAGCAGGGAGGUGGGCGGCAUCAUCGCCGGCUUCCAGAUACCAAUGGGGAUUUCAAUGGGGAAGUCGAUGUUGGUGCUACUCACCUUCUUGGCCUUCGCCUCGUGCUGCAUUGCUGCUUACCGCCCCAGUGAGACCCUGUGCGGCGGGGAGCUGGUGGACACCCUCCAGUUUGUCUGUGGGGACCGCGGCUUCUACUUCAGCAGACCCGCAAGCCGUGUGAGCCGUCGCAGCCGUGGCAUUGUUGAAGAGUGCUGCUUCCGCAGCUGCGACCUGGCCCUUCUGGAGACUUACUGUGCCACCCCCGCCAAGUCCGAGAGGGACGUGUCGUCCUCUCCGACCGUGCUUCCGGACAAUUUCCCCAGAUACCCCGUGGGCAAGUUCUUCCAAUAUGACACCUGGAGACAGUCUACUCAGCGCCUGCGCAGAGGCCUGCCUGCCCUCCUGCGUGCCCGUCGGGGUCGUAUGCUCUCCCGAGAGCUUAAAGCAUUCAGAGAGGCCAAGUGUCAUCAUCCCCUGACCGUCCUGACCUCCAAAGACCCCGCCCACGGGGGUGAUACCUCUUCGGAGAAGUCCAGCAACCAGAAGUGAGCCAAAUUGUUGUAAUUCUGCGAUGUACACCAUCUCAUUCGUGACCUCCUCUUGACCAGGGGCAUUUCCAUCACGUCCCACCUCCAAGGUUUCUCUGUUGCACCCCAGAGUGUUUCCCUGACCCCAGCCCCUGUGCCCCGCCUCCCCACAUCAGGCUGCUCUCUUGCCCCACUCCACCGGGCUGAGGGAGUCAGAGCAACAUCUUCAAAGACAAAAUCUAUUAGAUUUAAAUAUCCUCCACAUACACCCUCUCGCAAUUACCCCCCAAAUUCUAUACUCCAUCAAAAUAAUUGGAAAGCAAAUCUGUCUCUUACAGACACACUCCAGUCCCCUUAAAACUAAUUGGCUUUUUAGAAACACUAAUUAGCCUUAAAAAAACCCUAAAAAGUCAAUUGGCUACAAAGAUACUAAAAAGGAAUUGGCUUAGAAACAAUUGGAAAAAUAAAGGGAUUUGGCACACCCUUCCCCCUUCCUUCCCUCCUCAGACCUUGAGUCAAUUGGCUUGGACUUGGGUCCCUGAAUCAGCAGAAGGAAGGAAGGGGGCCCAGAAAUUUGCAGGCCGGCAUGCCAGUGCCUCUGCACCAUCACCCUGCUCAUCGCUUUUGAGCACUUUGGAUGUUGGCUGCCUGAGAACAGCAGCCACCAGACUCAUUCCUCACUCGUUCUUCAUCACAAGAUUUGUCAGGGAGCUGAGCGGAGGGACCCAUUGAGAUCGGAGGAGGGGAACAGCAUGAAAACCCACAUCCCUGAAUAUAAGGUUUAAUUGGCACUAACCCCCACACCCUAAAUUCGUACAUCUUAGUCCCUGUCCUGGCAAGCACACAUUUGUCCCUACAGCGCCCCCAUAGCACAUGCCCACAGGUACACAUGCACCCACCCACCCUACAUACUUGCACACAUGUGCCCAUACACACACACACACACACACACACACACACAA